UGACAGGAAAACUCCGAGUGAACUAUGGUUACCAAAAUUGAGGAAUUGGUGGACACAAAAUUCGUAAACAAAGUAGACGAUAGGCUAAAAUGCCCGUUCUGUAUCAAGGUUUUUGAUGAGCCCUGGCAGACAUCAUGUGGACAUCGAUUUUGCAAGGAUUGUUUGGAACGUCUCUUAGGACAAGAAAACCCAGGAUGCCCGAUAGAUGGUGAAUCAAUUUCAAGACUGCAGUCUUUUAGGGAUAAAUGCUGUGAGAGAGAAGUUCUAAACCUCCAGUGCCUCUGCCGAUUUAAUAAAAAGGGAUGCGAAUGGAAAGGAGAGCUCCGACACCUGCGGGCACACGAAGAUAGCUGCCAGCACGGUGCUAUUGAAUGUCAAGCGUGUGGUGAAACUGUGGAGAGAAGACAUCUCAAGGCGCACAGGGAGCAUGAUUGCAUCAACAGAGCUGUGGCGUGCACGUACUGUGGUGGUAAAGUACGGCAUAAUAAUAUGAAGGACCAUUUGGAUGUCUGCCCUAAGUUUCCUAUCCAGUGCAUCUUAAACUGUGGUGAAGAAGGUAUACCAAGAGACACGAUGGAAGAACACGUGACCACAUUUUGUCUUAGAGCUGAACAUUUGUGUCCUUUCAGUGUUCAUGGCUGUGAAUUUAAGGGCACCAAAGAAACAAUUGAUCAACACAUUGUGGAGAAUAUCGAGUCUCAUUUGGAAAUGAUGAACUACUCGAGCCAUGAAUGUAAGGAGAAAUCAAAACAGAUGGAAGAGAAGAUAUGUCGUCUUGAAGAAGAGAAAACUGCUUUGGAGCAUCAACUACAAAAUCAAGCAGAGGAGCUGGCAGCAGCAAGACAAAAUAUACGAACGCACCAGACAAAGUUGUCUAUGGUAGAAAACUCCAUGAUCGAACAAAAGAGGACCACUAAAAAGCUGCUCGGUGAUUUAAAGGUUUUUGAGGAAUCUAGAACUAAAGGGGAUGUUGUCUCAUCUCAGAUGGAAGAAAUAAUGAACGCACUGCGAGAACACGACAAGAAGGUGAGCAGUCUACAUGGUGAAGUAGCCCGUUUGAAAUUAUCCCCUGCCUCUCCGAAAGGUGCCAGUGAUUGCCGUCCAAACUCCGCCGUGUCUCUCGCUCGUGAGUACGAUCGCCGACUGGAAAGGAAUGAGCACCAAUUAGCACUGCACGACAUCCAACUGUCCGAUCAUGAUAUGCAGAUUCAAAUGCUGGAGGCUACGUCGUACAAUGGCACCUACUUUUGGAAGAUCGACCGCUACAGGCAACGCUUCCAUGAAGCUGUCGCCGGAAAGACUUUAUCUAUUUACAGCCCUGCUUUUUAUGUAGGACGAUUUGGAUAUAAAGUUUGUGCUCGUCUCUACCCAAAUGGAGACGGCAUUGGCAAAGGAACGCAUAUUUCCAUGUUCUUCGUUGUCAUGAAAGGUGAAUACGAUGCUUUAUUACCUUGGCUGUUUCUCCAAAAGGUCCACUUUCGAUUGAUAGAUCAGGAUAGGAUUCGGGACACGUAUGAUGCCUUUCGCCCGGAGCCUAACAGCUCAAGCUUUAAGAGACCUACAUCAGACAUGAACAUAGCAUCUGGAUGCCCCACGUUCAUUUCUCAUGUUGAACUGAGACAAGGUGGCUAUAUUAGGAACGAUACAAUGUUUGUCAAGAUAACUGUGGAUACCACUGGUCUGCAAGGAGAUAUGUGGCAGUAAAUGCUUGCAGGAACAGACAACAUCCGGGCCUGACAGUCAGUCUGGUCAGUCUUUUAAUCGUAUGUGACAUUUGCAAGAUGCAUUUGUUUGUGCCAUGUCUUGCACAUCUUGGAUCUGUUAUUUAUCUUGUCAAAAGCCAAGCUUCCCUGUCAAUCCUCAAUUUUAAAAUUCACUAAGAAAAAAUAAAAAUUGGCUUUAAGGGACUUGCGAAAAUUGCUCGGCGUGUAAGUCCAUGAAAAAGCCCCAGAAAUUAUAGGAUAUUUAUAAAGUGCAUUCGCAAUGCAAAACACAGAGUAUUUAAUUAGAAGAAUGACGUUUAUUGAAACGUAAGAAUUAUUUUAAACUUCAAGGACCAAAAAUUAAGUUUAAAUAAAAAACUGUCACAAAUUAUGUCAUAUUUAAAGGUGUAUCUUUAAAGGCACAAUACAGAUUAUUUAAAUGAAGAAAGAAAGUUCUUGGAAGCGUAAAGAAACCAUGAUUUUCAACUCCAAAGUCCAAAAAUGUGUUUAUCGCAGCUCUCCAAACAAUUCUCAUAAAAAUUGCACUUGUUUUGAGAACACGAGGAACGAUCCAACACCAGAACAUAUGCUUUACGGUUACGUUUUUCUUUCAAGAAAAUAUGCGUAUCUAAAAUAGUAUUAGAAGACAAAAACUGUUAAUAUUUCAGAAUGGAACAAAAUGACUUGGUAGAAAUUUAUAUUUUUGACUUCGACUGUCAUGAUUCAUAUUUGUCACAACAGCCUGUAUAAUAUUUGAAACCAUUUCGUUUUUUAUAUGACUCUUACAUAAUGAUAAUGGUAUAUUUAUAGAAUUGUAUUUUUAUUUAUGCUAUAACUAUGGAGAAAUGUACAAAUAAAUUAUGUUGAGCGAAUGUUA